UAGUAUCGGUUUAGUAGUAGCGACGGACGACCAGGAGCUGAGAAGUCCUCCUGUACUAUUCUACACUACAGAAUUAAAAAAAGGGGAAAAAAAAAUAUUUUAUUAUUUUUUUUUUACUCCAUCUUGCAUUGCACCUCUUUUUGGAAUUCGCGAACGAACAGCCUGUUGAUUUGGAUUUACUUCACAUUUUUUAUUUUUUUUUUUUAAAUAAAAAAACACACAAAUCAUGGGAUCACAGGCGUCUAAGGGAGGAGUGACCGCGGAGGGCAAAGCCGCCGACGCUGCAUCACCGGACGCCGCCGGGGCGAAGACUAACGGACAGGAGAAUGGGCACGUUAAGACGAACGGUGACGUGUCUGCCAAAGCAGAGGGCGACUCCGGCGCCACCACUAACGGCUCGGCCGAAGCCGCCAAGGACGCCGAAGCCGGAGCAGGAGACGCCAUCGAACCGGCACCCGCCGCCGAGGGCGAAGGCGCCAAGCCAGAGGGCGAAGCAACCAAGGAGACCCCCAAAAAGAAGAAGAAGAAGUUCUCUCUGAAGAACUCCUUCAAGUUCAAGGGGCUGUCGCUGAAGAAGAGCAAGAAGGCGAGCACCGAGGUGAAGGAGGAGGCUGUGAAGGAGGAAGAGAAGAAGGAGGAGAAGCCGGCUGAAAACGGUGCCACCGAGGAGAAGAAGGAGGAAGAGGCCAAGCCUGAGGAGAGCGCUGCUGCUGCUGCCACCCCAGCCGAGACCCCCAAGGCAGAGGAGGCUCCUCCCAAAACCGAGGAAGCCGCUGCCCCCAAGGAAGAGGCCGCCGCCCCCUCAGCUGAGCCCACGAAACCGACAGAGGAGACCAACUCAACACCUGCAGCAUCUGAACAGAAGGAGUGAUUGUACGUCGCAAGGAACUGUUGUGAACUGUUUUUCAAGAAAAAAAAAAUCUAUAUAUAUAUUUAUAUAUAUAUGUGUAUAUGUAUACAUAUGUAUAUAUACAUGGAUAUAUGUAUAUGUAUAUAUACACAUGUAUGUGGAAAAAAAAAAAGAGAGAGACUCCUCGUGCCACUUUCUUCAAGAUUAAUGAGAAACGACAGACUAGAUUCACUAGUUCACUUCCCUAUUAAUGGCUCAAAGAUCUGGGACUCUUGAAUUUAGGCCGCAAUCGAUCGGAGACGUCGACGCUGGAGCGAAGAGUGUGAGAGAAUGAGACGAAGAGGAGGCAUCUUUCAAUCCCACCAUCACCAGAGAUGCUAAUAAUAUAAAAUCAAGUACAAGAUGAACAUCACCACAUAAUGACUGUUAAAAAAAAAACGGAAAUGGAAAAAAAAAAAAUAGAAAAGACUCGCCAACUUUCUACAUUCCUAUAUUUUAACCCAAAUUUAAGUAUUUUGUGGUGUAUAGAGAACCAUUUUAAAUAUCCAGAAGGCUUUGUCUUGUUUGUUUGAAAUUGCAUUUUAAUUUCCAUCUUGGCUUAAAACACACACACACACACACACACACAUUUGAGCUUGCUAUGUUCACAUUUAAAGUUUAAAAAAAAAGAAGAAGCAGAGUUGUUAUGUGUUAAAUGUGAGCCUUGAUCUGCUUUUUUUGUCUCUGUAAAUAAAUUUGACCGAUUUUUGUUCUUUAUUUUGCUAAUGUUAAAAGAUGUUACUGGUUUUAUUGUAAAGUUGAUAAUGGUAAAUAAAUGUUGGUUACCUAAUGAA